GCGCGACCAAGCCUGUCUGUGGCCGGCGAGCUGCUGGGCCAAAGCACGGUUGCACGGAGCGUCCUCCGCGACGGUGCUGUCGUCGACCUCGUGGCCGAAUCGUGUGCCGAGAAGGAAUCCACUGGGCAGCUAGCUCCGGCUUCAGUGGAGCUGUCCAAGAAAGCCCAGGAGGCUCCACCCUCGAAAGCGUUGACACGGGCACCGCGAAUGGGCUUCUUGAGCCCAGCGCUGCGGAGGCAGCUUUUCGACUCGCCAGCAGUUUUGCCGCCCAUCGCGACAGAGGCCAAGGACGACGACAAGGCUCCCGUGGAGCCAGCGCUGACCCCAUCCGAGGAGCCACGCGGGAAGGUGGGCCUUCGCCUCGUUGCAGACCGCGCGCCCUCUAACCUGCGCUGGCGCCUGGCUGUGGCAGAUGAAACAAGGAG